CUACUUUGUAUAUGAUAUGACUCUCAUGUGAAUGGUCCUUGAAGGUAAGUACUUUCAUGAGUCAUGGCCAUCUACUGACUCGCAUCUGCCUAUAUCUAACUGUCUGGCUGUUUCGAGGGCAAGAGCCACAGGGCGAUCUUGCAAGUCCAGCCGCAACCGGCGCAUCAGUAAUACUACAACCAGUCCGACUCAGAUCGAACGUUCAAAUGGGCUUGCUGAAUAGCAAUGAUAUAGCAGGAAGAUCCGGCAGUAUUGGUCAUCAAUUGUAACUUUAAUCAGUGUAGGUAAUAUAAGUAGUAUGGUAAUUCAGGUUGUAAUCAAACCGGUAAGCUAUGACACAAGUAUCGAUGACGCGU